UUUGACGAGUUAUCAAGCUCACCUGCAACACCAACGCUUGCUUCUUGCGCGGUGCAUUCUGGGAAAUGAAGUUUUAAGUGACUUGGUGACAGUUGCUAACAACUCAAGCCCCUCUACUCGGCAAGUUUUACGGAGAGAAGGCCCCGGAUUUUCAUUUUUUUAAAUCAGAGUGCUGUAUAAGCAUGUCCAGGGGAAGAAUAACGAGAAGUGCCCAUUCAGACAGUAGUGAUGUAGAUGCUGAUGGUACAGAAUUAGAGAAAGCCAAGUUGCUGAGACAGUACCGAAUCAUGGAUGCAGACCGGCAGGCUUACAGCAUUCAGGCCCGGCAGCAAUUACGGAAACAACAGCAGGAGAUAGAGAAGCUGAGUGCCGAGCAGGAGGAGCUCAGGCAUAAGCUCAGUGCUUGUAAGAGCUUGUCCCGUCAAAAGAGGGACAAAAAGGAUGCAGACAGCCUUCAAGCGCUGAUGGAGCAAAGAGAUCGCCUAGAGGAGGAGCUGGAGAAAGAAACACAACAUCAAAAAGAGCUGCAAAAAGAGAUCUCAAAGAUGGAGAUGAAGCUGAAAGAGCUGAGGAAAGAGAAUGCCAACACAAGUGACACCCAAAGAUCUGCCCACAGGCAGAAUCAGGAGACCAUGCGCACCCUGGAGAAUAAACUGCAAGGAGUCUUAACCCGAUUCAAUGAACAGCUGACUAAGAACAGCCACCUCCGGGAGGAGCUGCAGACUCUCCAUAUUGAGCGCGUUCGUUUCCAGCGGCUACACGACAGGCUGGUCCAGGAGCUCCAAGAUCUCAGGAAGAAGACUGCUGAAAUAAUCACUCUGUCGACUGCGGCCCACGAUGCAAGGGUGGAGGCUCAGUCCAAGUUGGCGAUAAUGCGAGAGAAAGCAGAGAAGGAGCUUGCCCAGUACGGCACGGAGAUGAGAGAACUGGAGAGGAUUAUUUCACACGAGUCCGGCCUCAAAGACUUCUUCACAACCAAAUACAGCGAGAUGUUGGGCCAGGAGGGGACAGAUGCCGCGUCAGGUUUGAAUGAGGACGGGACUACAGACUCGAGUAAGGAGUCACCAGAUGACUUGGAGACCUUUUUCCAGAAGAUUCAGGCUAUCACUGGAGAGGCCAACCCAGAAUUGCUGGUCAGCAGUUUCAUCCAGGCUGAAGACCGUAACUUUGCACUUUUCAAUUUUGUAAACGAGCAAAACAACGAAGCUGAAGCUCUGCGGGAGCAAAUCAAUCAUAUCCAGGAAGAGAUGGAGCGCUUUCAAGAGAGACGUUUGCGACAGGAAGAGGACCAUCACGCUCGGCUGAGAGACGUAGAUGCGCGGAAGACGGACGUCGAGUUGCAAACUGAGGACGUUGAGAACCGUGCCGUUGUCUUACGUAAAGUCCUGGAUGAGGUUAAAACAGGAGUGAGCAGUAUUGUCUCUAAAGUGGAGUGUGACAUGGAGGACACCAUCUGUGAUAACAAUAUUAUGCCCUAUUUGGCUUUGGUGGAGCAGAAGACCAACCAGCUCCUCACCAUACAAGCUUACCUCGAUAACAAGGAAAUCGGCAAGGACUACAAUCCCUCCGAUCUGCCCAAAUUUCUUUUUGGCCAAAACCCAGAGACACUCCAGGAGAAUAUUACCAUUCAAACUGCAAUCCAAAGUGUGGACUAUGAAACGGACAACUCGCUUGUCGUCGAUGAGGAAGAGCGGCCUCUUUCUCAGGGGGAACUCCGUAGAAGAAUAUUGGAAGGAGUUUUGCAAAGAGAGAAUGCAAGCUUGAAGUCGACAACAAAAAGCUUCAAAAUGAGCCCACGUGUUCUCGAGGAAACAUCGAUGGCACAGAUCUGAGCGCUGGAUCCAUACGCAAGGUUGUUUGUACACAUACACGACUCCCGAAAUGUUUGGGUGAGAUUUCAGCAUGGACUUGAGUAACAGCGGAAAUAAGGAGAGGCUAGAAGAGUCAUAGAAAGGCAUACAAGCGGACGUCCUUGAAGAUCUUCACGCAUCCGUGAAGAUUUGGUCGUUCAGCUCCUUGUUGGAGAACAGCAGGGUGUGCUAAAAUGACUGAAGCUCCGAACAGCAUUUAAAAGUAUAGGGGUCAAAUUAAGAUCACAGUAAAGGUGCAUUUUCGCUUCAUGUUGAAAUUUCACCUAAAAGCACAUUUAGAAAUUGAAAUUCAAAGAAUAAUUUUCUUAUUCAUUUUUAAUGAUGACGUUUUUGGUUCAAGUCCCUUCUAAUUUUGCUUGCAAUUUGUUUAUUUGUAUCUAAUUAGUUUGGGAGCUAUAAAGUCACCCUGUGGUUACCAGCUGCGCUUUUUAAUGUGUUUGUGGCCAUCUGGGUUUUGGUCCAUACUGUUGCACCACGUGACACGGGCUGCUAUGCCCCAACGCAAAGGUUGGGGGCAGCAAAAAGCUUUUGUCAGUCUAAUUGACAUGCUGAGAUUUGGAUUAUGGCGUUCUCGACAUGGGGUGAACAUUUUUGCAACCUCCGAGGCAUUUGAAGUUCUUUUAGCGUUGGCUGUAUUUAGUCAUUUUAUGUCGCUAUAAUCAAACUAUAUAAAUAUAGAAUAAAGGAAAUGUAUAAAAUACACAUUUCCACACCUCCAGGUAAUUCAGUUGUAGCAUCGCAGUGGGGUGCGCUUGUUCUGUUCGACUCAAUCGGUUCGCAACAGAGGAUUUCUGCUACAACCACUGAUUUUGACCAUUUUGUUGUUGGUAAAUAAAAAUAAUAACACAUUAAUUUAAAGCCUCAAUAUAUGCAAAUCUAUAUUUUAAACUAAAAGAAUUCAAAACAUUUGUUUUGACUUUGCUAGUUAGUUUAGCAAGUUUGAAAAUGUGGCUUUUUUUAUUGCGCUAAAGCUCCUGUGCUUCACCUAAAGCCGCUGAGAUACCCAAAUUAAAGAGGACAGAGAAAUGAUGACCAGGUUUCGAUUGUAGACGUUUUAUGUUCUGCAUGGCGCAGCAGCAGCGUGCCUAACAAUUGGAAAAAUGCGCAAAUAAACAAUGACAAUACAGUAGUCUAAAAAUAUACUAGAUAUACUUGUUUACCUUUAAUGUAGGUGAGGUUUAGCAGCUUUGGAAACACUUUCCUUUAUUUUUUCAAACUGCAGCACCUCCCCUUUUGGGCUAUGCCUUACAAUUUUGAAAACCUUGCUUUAAAAACACUACUAACCGUAGUGAAUGUUAUUUUGUAUUGUAGCAUAUCUUUGAGUCAUUACACUGUUUAUAUGUCCAAGUUUAGUUUGAGGAAUCUCUAUUUCGGUCAUUUAUUGUACAGCCUUUUGAAAUGUCAUCUUAUCCAAACAGCAGCUUCCUGUAAAACUCGAGACGUGAUUUAUUUUUAAGAUGCUGUAUUUGUACCACAGGCAUCGUGAAACAAUUCACAAAGCUUGUUACUAUAUUUGGGAAUAAAAGGUCGCCUAGA